GCUUCAGGUUGGAGUGUUUGUUUUCUUGAAAUGAUUUAUUUGUUUUGUGGCUGAAAACAAGCGGAGGUGAGUGGUGGGCUGAAUGCCAAUGGAGGCGCGAUAUUGUUAGGUCAUCUCGGACAAUACUGAACAAAUUAUUAACCGUUUCUUAUCGUGCUUUCAUUAAGAUGCAACUUGCCUCGUGGAUAUCUUGUAUUAGGAGUCCCGUGGCGUCCUGCGCUGUUUCUGAGAUCUUGAUCAUCUCGUGACGGGGCUUUAAAACUUUCUCCCGUUUCUGCUUCACUUGGUGGUCUCUUGCGAUAGAGACGUGUGCUCUGUAAGCAUGGCAGGCAUUCUCAAAUCCUUUACUCGUGUGCUGACAGUUUUCCUAGCAAGUGUAAUCUCAGGAAUGAAAGCCAAGUCGCUGCAGAAGUAUUUCUUGAAGGAUAUUCUAGCUGUUUACGGAGAAAACGGUUCGCUGGAUCUCAAUGGCAUUAACAGUUUAUUGGAGGCAAUCGUGCACGAAAAGCCCGUGGAUUUAAACAUUCCCGUGCAUGCUCAGUGUAUGUCAGGAGAACAGAUCGUGCUCCACUAUGGACUCCAGAACCUCACUUAUUUAACACAAGAUCACUUGGUCAGUAUCUGUCCGGCUCUGCUUAACCAGGCGGCAUUGCCACCGUGUCCCACAGAAACUCCCGGACUCCAUGAUUCCAUUCCACCUCAUGUAUGGGGAUAUGGCUUCCUGGCUGUUACGGUUAUUAACCUGGCUUCACUGCUGGGUCUGGCUCUCGUUCCCUUCACUAAAAAAACAUACUUUCCCAAAGUGCUCACAUACUUCAUUGGUCUGGCUAUUGGCACGCUCUUCUCCAAUUCUGCUCUCCAACUUAUACCCGAGGCCCUCGGGUUCGACCCAAAAGUGGACAAAUACGUUCCUCAAGCCGUUGGGAUUUUCGGUGGAUUCUACCUGCUGUACUUCACCGAGAAGAUUCUGAAGAUAAUUCUGAAGGUUGAGCACGAGCACAGUCACUUCCACCCCACAGAGAAUGUUCAACAAAAUGGUGUUACUAGUGUGGCAGAUCACAACUUCAAGUUUACCAACAGCGAGAAGACCAGCAUUUCAUCCGACUCUCAAGUAGAACAGGGGUCCUGCAGAUGGCUCAGAGGAAGACAGCUGUCCAGCGUCAGGACGGUGGCGUGGAUGAUCUCGCUGAGUGACGCUCUACACAACUUUAUAGACGGGCUGGCAAUAGGAGCCUCGUUCACAGUGUCCAUUCUCAAUGGCUUUAGCACCUCUAUCGCAAUCGUCUGUGAGGAGUUCCCCCAUGAGCUGGGUGACUUUGUUAUCCUGCUGAACGCAGGCUUGAGCGUUCCCCAGGCCAUCUUCUUCAAUCUGCUGUCUGCAAUGGCCUGUUAUAUGGGUCUGGUUCUGGGAAUCCUGCUGGGCAGCACUUUUGCCCCCAAUGUGAUCUUCGCCAUCGCCGGUGGCAUGUUCCUCUACAUUUCCUUAGCUGACAUGUUUCCUGAAAUGAACAUGAUUGCCCGAGAACACGCAAAGAGCACCAGGACAGAAGUUGUUUUCUUCUUAAUUCAGAAUGCUGGACUGCUCACAGGAUUUUCCAUCAUUCUGCUCAUCACCAUGUUUGCUGGAGAAAUAACCCUGGACUGAUUCUCUCUGUUCCUUUUCUUUACAUCAGCGGUUCUCAACUGGCUUUGCAUUAGGAUCUAUAGUUCACAUUGGGUGUCGAGAAGCGACCCAGCACCAAAAUCAUUUUUCGUACAAAAGUACAUCAAAAUGUACUAUAAUUAAAAAAAUUUAAGUAACAACAUGCAAAGUUACACAUAGAAAGUGAUUUUAUUUAAGCGCAAGUAUGAAAAAAAGUGUGAUUUAAACAAAACUCACUUUGGGGAAUAAAGCUGUAUCAUAUCAAUGAAAUUGGGCCAAAAUACAGUCGGGUGCACAGCCAAGACGCCAGCGGCAGAAGAUAUGGGAUGUCUCCGUUUUAGCAUCAAAGCCCCGAUUUUUGGGGUCACGACCCACCAGUUGAGAACCCUUUUAAAAUAAUCAAUUUUGUGCCUUUCCCAUUCCAGACAUACUCUCAUAUAAGCUAUUUAUUUGAGACAAGAUCUACUCUGUUGCUUUUUACAAUCAUUUGUAUGGAAGAAGCUUGACGAAAUCAUUAGGUGUAACGUUGAUGAUUUAUAAAAGUCGAUUCUGAAUUCUUUUGUACUGUUGUAAAUAAAUGUUUUGUAGAAGGCACAGACUGUUGUAUUUAUGGCUCACACUUGCUGCUAACUGAGGGGAUCAUGAUUAUAUGUAAUAUUUUUACCAUUAGAAACCUCGUGCAAAAUAAAAAGAAACCAGACCUCGAUUAAAAAUUCCAAAUUUAUGUUUUUUUUCUAAUGGACACAUCCAUCUGUUGAUAUACAUUUAGUUUUAUAAUAUUCAUUGAACAUAUAAUGUACACUUAAAAGCGUCUUGGAACAGUUCAGUUCAGUGCGAGAUUCUUUACAGUCUAAAUUAAAAACAACAUUUUCUCUUAAAAAAUAUACAUCUAUAUAGUUCUCAGAACAUUAAUCAUACACUUUCUAAGUCAAAAUAAAACUUCAAUUACACCAGGAGAUAAAAUAACUCAAUAGUUUUGACCAAAUAAAGCUAUUGGUUGAAUCUCACAAAACUUCAAGAUCAUGUCUUGGUCGUAUUUCACCCCAAAAGCAUCAAAAUUUGAGGACUUUUUUGGCAUCGCAACUGUUUUGUGAAACAACUAUGCAUUUAAAUGGCCAGCAAACAAUAAUACAAUGCAAAAAUUGUAAAUCUUCCCAACGCCAACUUCAGUUUUAAUUGAUGUCAAAACAAAUAUUUUCUUCGACGUUAGGGUGAAAUCAGACCCGGUCAUGUUUUUGAGCGAUUCACUCUAUUAGUAGGCACAUAAACGAUCUAGAACAGCACAGUUCUACUUCACAACCACUGAAUCAGCAGACGAACAGAACAGAAUAAACGCAGAUGCCGCAGAAGAUCCAGAAGCACUUAUAUGAGGCACUAUACGCAGAACAGCACGUCAGUUCUAGGGGUUGUCAUGGCAACAGGCACAACCGUUGCAGAAAGUCACUACCGUACACAUCGCUGGCAACAAACAACACAACAAUGACAUGGACCUAAGAUACCUUGAAGAACCAAAGCACAAUGACAGUCAACCAUCAAAUGGCCCACAUUUGCUCUUCAAAUUCAAACUGGGUACAUCUUUUGGGACAUUUUUGUUAACCCUCCGUAGUUACAUUACAUUCUUGGCAGUGAUGUGUUCAGGUGAAGAGGUAGAUGAGCCGCCUCAUAGGUUACCGUAGUAAAAGCCAGGCAAAACAACUCCCCGAAAGGAAUGGAGAGUGACCGUAUAUACAAAUCAAAGGCCAGCCUCGCAAAUCCAUAUUGCUGAAGCAGGGCUGACCAGUCACUGUACAUAAAGGACAUAUAUGCUAUUUUUGAUGAUUUACUAUAGCUAAAUAUUACAGCACGAUGCUCGUCUCUAGAGAGCCAACAAUAGGACGAGUAGCUUUACACGACUGUCGGAUGAAAACAAACAUAUUCAUCUACUUUCAAAUCAUGAGGAGUUAUGAUUGAUGCUCCGCUUGAUCUACAGGAUCUUGUAAACGUGAUGAAUCAAUGAAGAUAAAUGAUGAAUGCCAUCAGUGAGACAUACAGGCACCAUCAAUAACCUUUGACAUCGAUAAAUCCUGCGGCUGGCUAUAUGAUCACGUGUGGAAUGGUUUAUCGGCUGUCUUAUAAUAUAGGGUCUUAUAUUAUUUACACGAAAACACAAAGUGGUUAAUGUGUCAAUACACAUCGUCUUUUACAAACAUUCAUCUUUUGUGAAUUGCGUUAAAAUCCACAUCUGUUUGUAAAUGUUUUCACAGUUUUUCGGUACCUCUUUCAAAAACACGUCCCUCUGCUCAACUUGCGCUUUUUAAAUGUGUUCAUAAUGAAUACAAACUCAAACAUUUGACUUGUAUUCGCGUACUGCAUUGUUUUGAUACUUGUAAAAGCUACUAAGGGACUGACGUUGAUAAAUAACGCUAACGGUCAAGUUAAGACGGUUGAUGAUAACUAGACCACAAACUAGAUGAUACUCCUAUCGGGCAGGUUUUUGAUGCACAAAGUCACUUGAGUAAAUACUGGUUGCUACAGAUAUUUGCUUCUGAUAUUACAGUGAUGGACUACUUUAAGACAAAGUUCAUUGAAAUUAAAAAACUGGCAACAAAAAUAAAAAU